AUGCUGCUCUUGGCAGCGGCAGCAGCAGCAGCACUGGCCAGGGCCAAAGGUAAGACAUGCCCAGAGCCCACCAUCGUCCUGUCCUCUUACACCACAGCCGACGCCGUCAUCUCCUUGCAGAGCAUCUUUGUGGUGGAGAUCACGCUCACCUGCCGCAACGGGGCGCAGAAUGUUGCCCUGCAUGUUGACGUCAACAGAAAACAGUUCCCCAUCACUCGGCGGCAGGAGGUGGGGUGCUACCAGGUCUCAUGGAGCACGGAACACAGGGCCACACGGUCGGGCAUCUACAAAGUGAAGUUCUUCGAUGCGGAGUCGUACAGUGCCCUGCACAAGGCCCAGCGCAACAACAAGGAUGUAUUGGUGAUCCGAGCCCUGUACAGCGUGGAUCACCAGGGCACCUGGAGCAGACCUUGGGUCUCCACGGAGGUGCUGGCUGCUGCCAUCGGGCUCCUCGUCUACUACCUGGCCCUGAAUGUGAAGGGGAGCAUCCAGACCUGAGGGGGGAGCCGGGAUCCCCCCUGUGGGGCCAAACGCUGCCCCUCUGUGUGU